GUUUGUUAGGGGCCGACCUCGAUUUGGGCCGGAUCCACCCGAAAGCCCUAAAAUAUGGCGCUUACAAACCAGUAUGAUAUAUGCAAAUUGGCAUUUGAAGGCAAAACUGGAAUUUUAAAGAAGAGAAUCAAGGAAAAUACCGAACUGUCAAUUACUAAAGAUGAGACAAACAGAAUGCCUCUUCACUGGGCAAUUUCAGGUGGUCAUACAGAGAUUGUAGAAUUUCUCAUCAAACAAGGUGUGCCAGUAGAUGCCAGGGAUGAAACUGGAUGGACACCAUUAAUGAUAGCAGCAUCAGCAGGAAGAUAUCAGAUUAUUUUGAUGUUGAUAAGAAAUGGUGCACAAGUUAAUGCAGUCAAUCAGACAGGACAAUGUUCUUUACAUUAUGCUUCUUCUAAAAAUAGAUAUGAGAUAGCAGAAAUGUUACUUCAACAAGGUGCAGAUCCAGAUAUAGGGGACCAGUACAAUAAUACCCCUUUACACAGAGCAGCAUCUAAAGGACAUGUCAAAUUAGUUAAACUGUUAUUGCAAUACAAUGUUGAUGUUAAUUAUAGAGAUUCACAGAAUAGUUCACCAUUACACUGGGCAUGUGAAGAAGAAAGAGGUGAAGUGGCUCAACUGUUGGUAGAUCGGGGUGCUGAUAUUGCUGCACUUAAUAAGGAAGAGAAGACACCAUUGGACUUUGUAUCAGCUACCUUACGAAGAUCACUGGAAAACAGAACUAUCUGUCGAUAAAACUGAAAACAUAAUUUGUGUAACAUUGUUGAAUUGUCACAAGAGAAAUUGUUAAAUUUAAUAAAAAAAAAUCUCAAAACA